ACCUCUAGGGACAGGGCAUCCACAACCUUUCUGGACAGCCUGUUCCUGCACCUCACCACUCUCUUGGUAAAGAACUUAAGCUGGCUUAAUUUGAGUAAUUUCUACCCUCAUAGCACAAUUUGAAUAAUUAUGUUGAUGUUGAAGGCCCACCGUUUGACCUGUGAUAUGUUGUCACGUACUUGAUAGCGAUGCUAAGCUUUCUUAAAGCACAAUUACACAGCUAUUAUGAAAAAAGUGCUAAAUAUUGUGAAAAAUAAAAUGUAGUUCUAUUUGCUGUACAGGUAGAAACAGCAGAACUAAAGUAAGCAAAAGAAUGUUUGCCAGGCAAUAUAAAACACUGAUCACCUGAUAAGACCCUGGGGCAGUCCACCAACCUGUGAAGACCAUACAAGCCUGAAGGUGCUCAUUCCCUCUUAGAAAGCUUAUUCCUUCAGCUGGAAGUGGGGGUCAGAACUCCACCUUCAGGCUCACCUACCUGGUAAUGGAGGUGAGGUCACCCAGGACCCAGCUUGCGCAGCCACAACCUGGUGCUCUGCUUGUCCCAGCCAUUGGCACCUACUGCUCUGGCAGCAAAGAAAGCAGGUGAAUCAUUUUCCUGUAACUUCACGGUGCCCUUCCUGUUAACAGCCACCCAUUUUAGAGGCAGUGCAUCACAGAGAUCCAACACUCACAGUAAUCACACACUCACAGAAUUGAGGCAUUGGAAGGGACAUCUGGAGAUCCCCCAGUCCAACUCCUUGCUCAAGCAGGCUCUCUAUGGAAGGUUGCAUGGAAAAGCAUCCUAACAGGUUUUGAUUAUCUCGAUGAAGAGACACCACAACCUCUCCAGGCAGCCUGUUCCAGUGCUGUGAAUUCAUGUGUGCAUUCAUCCCAUCCUGACCAUGGUAAACCAGUAAUAUACGAACUGAGUGACUUGUCAGAAGGCACUCAGGCGCCAGCAGCAGGGACAGGCACAGCACCUCUCUUCUGGUUCAGCUGUGGUCCCCUACAUCUCCAUGCACCUGAAUUCCAACAAGCUCUGCUCACAGCGAGCAGCUCAUUGCAGCACGAUGCAAAGUGUGCAAAAGGCAUCCCCUGCAUCCGGCAAAAGACCCUCUCCUCCUUUCGAAAAUGAGCGCCUUGGCUUUGCCAGGUAACUCCCGUUCGUGCGGGGGACAGCUGCCGCGCACACUGCGUGAGACACAGCUUCUUUCUGACUGACUUACGGCCAGGACAGAUCAACGUUCGCUGCACCGAGCGUUGUUUCUCGCUCUUACAGAACACAGGAAAACGGCUCUUGUCCCAGCGCCGUGCGCCGCAGCGCAGCCCGCAGGACAAACCACGGCGAGAGCACUGGAGCGGCACUACGGCUCCCGUCAGGCACGGCGGGAGGUGGCGCUGACGUCAUUUCCGGUCAAGUGUAGAACGUCAUUUCCGGCCAGGUGUGAGGCUUCUUCGCAAGAUGGCGGCCGCCAUAGGGCUGCUGGUGGUCGGACGGCGGUUGAGAAUGGGGCUGGGCCGCACGCCGCUUCGGGCGCUGUGGGGCGGCCAUAGCAGGAAGGAGGACAAAGAAGUAGGAGAAGACAAUGUAAUUCCUCAAGAAAAAAAAAAGGAACCCAGCCUGAUCUGUCCCCCGCCACGCAGCAGAAAGUAUUUUCCUCCAGAGGACCUACAGAGCAUCCUCGAGGCUCGUGUCAAGGAGAUUUGUGGGCCAUCACUUGCUGGCAACUGGCAACAGACGUCUCUGAAAGACAACAGGUUGAAAUAUCGGCUCCUGGCUCAGCUUGCAGAAGAACUUGGUCAUGCUGUGCCCAACUCACAGCUCCACUUGAUGUGCAGUGCACAAGAUGUCCUGACUUUCUAUAGCACUCCUGUGAAGGAUAUGUCAAAGUUCGAUGAGCUGUGUGCUGCAGAACUGCCCCCAAACUUGAAGAUUGCCUGGGAGCGGUGAGACCAGGAAGCAUCACUGCACUUUGGUUGGAUUCUUAAGGCCAAAUUGUGGAGCUGGAGCAGAACCAUUUCAUUGUUAUAUCAACCUGAUAUGAAUAUCACCAAUAAAAAUGCAUCUAUUUGUCUUCA